AUGCCGGCUCCCGCCUUGAUACGGGCUCCACCCUUCCUGCCUGCCAAGCCCCCUCCGGCUCCGCCCUGGGGGCCUACUUGGGUUCCUGUUAAGCCGGAGCCUCCCUGGUGGUGGCGGGAGGGCGGUGUGUGGAGCUCCGAGGGCAUGCGGCGGGUGUGCCUGCCUGCUCCGCAGCUCCAGGGCAAUAUAUUCAGCGGCUUCGAUGAGAGUCUGCUGGCCCGCGCUGAAGCUCUGGCGGCUGACAUCGCGUCUCACGGCAAGAGUCACCCUUUCAAGACGGACGUCACCUACCAUACCAUGAGCAGCGUGCCCUGCACCUCCUCUUCAUCCGCAGUGCCCAUAUCCCACCCUUCAUCCAACCUACCCUCGCACCACCACCAUCACCACCACCACCACCUCAGCCACCAGACCCUGGAGGGGGAUAUGCUCGACCACAUUUCCUCCAGUUUAUCGGUCAGCGGCAUGGGUGCGCCGCCGGAUCCGUCGGUGAUGACCACUCAAGCCCACCAGCACCACCUGCAAAUGGGUCACUUGCACCAAGCCAUGGCCAUGGGCCACCCGCACACCCUGUCGGUCCACAACGGGAUGGCGUGCGUCAACGACGUGGAGUCCGAUCCCAGAGAGCUGGAGGCGUUCGCGGAGAGGUUUAAGCAGCGGAGGAUAAAGCUCGGAGUGACCCAGGCGGAUGUGGGCUCUGCCCUGGCCAACCUGAAGAUCCCGGGGGUCGGCUCGCUGAGCCAAAGCACCAUCUGCAGGUUCGAGUCCCUAACCCUGUCCCACAACAACAUGAUCGCUCUCAAACCCGUCCUCCAAGCCUGGCUAGAGGAGGCUGAAGCGGCUUACCGGGAGAAGAACGGAAAACCGGAGCUUUUUAACGGGAACGAGAGGAAACGAAAGCGCACGUCCAUCGCGGCUCCCGAGAAGCGAUCGCUUGAGGCGUAUUUCGCCAUCCAGCCGCGACCAUCGUCGGAGAAAAUCGCGGCAAUCGCAGAGAAGUUGGAUCUAAAGAAGAACGUGGUUCGGGUUUGGUUCUGUAAUCAGCGGCAAAAACAGAAAAGGAUGAAAUAUUCGGCAGUGCACUAGUGCUGGUAGAGCAAAGUAGACAUUUUAGGAACACCACAGGGAUCUAAAUCUUUUCUUUUAAACGUUAGAAGCCUAUAAAGACUCCAAGUACGUUUCAUAUCGCCUCCAGAUGAUGGGACCAGUGUGCGAAUUAUUCCAGGGGUUCUGUAGCCUGCCCCUAAUAAAGGCUUGACCUCUCUCAUAAAGAAGUCAAACGGUUUUAACAAUAUUGCACAUUUUAGCAGCGUUUCAGUAACUAUAAAAGUUACAUUAAAAGUUCAUUAAGUCGCGGCGUGUGUGCCUGAGGUAACCAUGAGUUGCUCGAUCACUUUCAGUGAGCAUUAAUAUCGGAAUUCACAUAAAACAAUAACGCAAAAAGUGGCGCAAAAAUAAUUUUGGUUUGCGCGAGAUCGACAAAUCUCAAACGAUUAUGUCCUGACAAUUGCUGACACAUUUUUCUCAAACCACCGAAGGCCGAAUAAUUCGCACACUGUAAUACCAUU